AUGAAUAAUUCUCCAAAUGUAUUUUCGGACCCGAGUCCGAAUAGAUUUCAGGUCAAUGUCAUUAAUGAGAGCCAUGACAGUACAGUAUCCUCAACGGGAGAUCCCAGCCCUCAGUGUUACGAAGAAACAUCUUUUGCUGACGAGGCAAAUAACAGACUACGAGUUAGCUACAGACCUGGGAACCGAGAGCUGUACGAUAAUUUAUUUCAAAAUGGGGAUAUGGCUAAAACAGAUGGAAGCUUUCAUCCCUAUGAUACACAUAGUGACACAUACUAUCUGAAAACCUUUGGGCACAAUACAGUGGAUGCCAUACCUAAAAUUGAUUAUUACCGAAACACUGGCAGCAUCAGUGGCGCCAAAAUGACUAGGCCAAGCCUGAUGGACAUUCAUGAACAGUUAGCAAAGAACAUAGCAGUUACUUCAGUGGACAAAUUCACCAAAGCAGAUGGCACUACAGGAGGAGAAGCAGCACCCAAGAAAGAAGAAGAAACCCAAGGAGGCUUUGUGAAAUUUGGCUGGGUGAAGGGUGUCCUGGUGAGGUGCAUGCUGAAUAUCUGGGGUGUGAUGCUUUUCAUUCGCCUGUCCUGGAUUAUAGGUCAAGCUGGAAUAGGUCUUGGAGUUAUCAUAAUCCUACUUGCCACCAUGGUCACCUCCAUUACUGGCUUAUCAACUUCUGCAAUAGCAACUAAUGGUUUUGUUCGUGGAGGUGGUGCUUAUUACCUCAUCUCCAGAAGUUUAGGACCUGAGUUUGGGGGCUCCAUUGGAUUGAUCUUUGCCUUUGCUAAUGCUGUAGCAGUAGCCAUGUACGUUGUUGGAUUUGCAGAAACGGUUGUGGAACUCCUCAGGAGCAGUAAUGCCAUAAUGGUGGAUGAAUCCAAUGCCAUCAGGAUAAUAGGAGCCAUAACUGUUGUGGUUCUUUUGGGCGUCUCUGUGGCUGGCAUGGAAUGGGAAGCAAAGGCCCAAGUUGUUCUUCUAAUUAUCCUUCUUAUUGCUAUCCUGAACUUCUUCAUUGGGACAGUCAUUCCAAGCAACGGUGAAAAGAAAGCCAGAGGCUUUUUCAAUUACCAAGCAUCAAUAUUUGCUGAAAACUUUGGACCAGCAUUCAGAGAUGGAGAAGGUUUUUUUUCUGUAUUUGCCAUUUUCUUCCCAGCAGCCACUGGUAUUCUUGCUGGGGCCAAUAUCUCUGGAGACUUGGAGGACCCACAAGGAGCUAUACCCAAAGGAACCAUGUUGGCCAUACUGCUAACAACUGUUGCUUAUGUCGGUGUAGCCAUCUGUGCAGCUGCUUGCGUCGUACGUGAUGCUACCGGGAAUGUCAAUGAUACAGUUGUCUAUGGAAUGAAUUGCAAUGGAUCAUCUGCUUGUGCCUUAGGCUAUGAUUUCUCCAGCUGUAAAGCCCAGACAUGUGGCUAUGGGCUGAUGAAUAAUUUCCAGGUUAUGAGCAUGGUUUCUGGAUUUGGUCCCUUAAUCACCGCAGGAAUAUUUUCUGCUACUCUUUCAUCAGCAUUAGCCUCGCUUGUCAGUGCACCCAAGGUUUUCCAGGCCCUCUGCAAGGAUAACAUCUACCGAGCCCUCCACUUUUUUGCCAAAGGGUACGGGAAAAACAACGAACCGAUCAGAGGAUACAUCCUUACUUUCUUCAUUGCUAUGGCCUUUAUUUUGAUUGCUGAGCUGAACACCAUUGCUCCCAUUAUCUCCAAUUUCUUCUUAGCUUCGUACGCACUUAUCAAUUUCUCUUGUUUCCAUGCAUCAUAUGCAAAAUCUCCAGGUUGGAGACCUGCUUUCAGGUAUUACAACAUGUGGGUCUCCCUUUUUGGAGCCAUGCUAUGCUGUGGGGUCAUGUUUGUCAUCAACUGGUGGGCUGCUCUCAUCACUUACGCUAUCGAGCUCUUUCUCUAUAUUUACGUGACCUACAAGAAGCCCGAGGUAAAUUGGGGAUCAUCUUCACAGGCACUCUACUAUGUUUCAGCCAUUGACAGAGCAUUGGAAUUAACUACAGUGGAUGAUCAUGUGAAGAACUUCAGGCCUCAAUGCAUAGUAUUAACAGGAGGACCCAUGACAAGACCAGCUUUGCUAGACAUCACACAUUCAUUCACAAAGAACAACGGCCUCUGCGUCUGCUGCGAAGUAUACACGGGCCCACGCAAGCUGUGUGUUAAGGAGAUGAACAGUGGCAUGGCAACAAAGCAGGCCUGGCUGACAAAGAACAAAAGGAAAGCCUUCUAUGCUGCCGUGGCAGCUGACAGCUUUAGAGAUGGAGUCAAAAGUCUCCUCCAAGCUUCUGGUCUGGGCAGGAUGAGACCCAAUACGUUAGUGCUUGGAUUUAAAAAGGAUUGGAGAGAUUCCACUGCUAUACAAGUUGAAAACUACAUGGGAAUCAUACAUGAUGCAUUUGACUUUGAAUUUGGUGUGAUUAUUGUUCGAAUAAGUCAAGGCUUUGACAUAUCACAGGCUCUUCAAGUUCAAGAGGAACUGAAGAAGCUGGAACAAGAAAGGCAAGCCCUAGAAGCUACCAUCAAAGAGAGUGAAUUUGAAGAAGGAAACUAUGGUAUCCGUGGAUUCUUCAGAAAAGCCACCAAGCUCAACAGGACAAAGAGGGCAUCCAGAAAGGGCAACAUUAACACAAUCUCUUCCAUACACGUGGGGGAGUUCAAUCAACGGCUGCUCGAAGUUAGCACUCAGUUUAAAAAGAAGCAGGGGAAAGGCACCAUUGAUGUCUGGUGGCUGUUUGAUGAUGGAGGGCUAAUUCUUUUAAUUCCCUAUAUCCUCACUCUUCGAAAAAAGUGGAAAGAUUGUAAAUUAAGGAUCUUUACUGGUGGAAAAGUUACUCGCCUUGAAGAGGAGAAGCUAAUGAUGGCUUCACUUUUAAAUAAAUUCAGAAUAAAAUUUGCUGACAUCCAUAUAAUUGGUGACAUCAAUAUGAAACCCAACAAAGAGAGCUGGAAAUUCUUUGAAGAGAUGAUUGAACCAUACCGCCUUCAUGAAAGCUGCAAAGAUUUAACAACUGCUGAGAAAUUAAAAAGAGAGGCUCCAUGGAAAAUCACUGAUGCAGAGCUGGAAGCAUUCAAGGAGAAGAGCUACCGCCAGGUCCAUUUGAACGAACUCCUACAAGAACACUCUAGGGCUGCUAAUCUUGUUGUUCUGAGCCUUCCAGUGGCAAGAAAAGGAACUGUAUCUGAUCUCCUCUAUAUGGCUUGGUUAGAAAUUCUCUCAAAGAAUCUGCCUCCAGUUUUACUCAUCAGAGGCAACCACAAAAAUGUUCUAACAUUUUAUUCUUAG